AUGAGUUCCUUCUUGGGCAUUGAAGUUUCUUAUCCUAAAACUGGAGGGUUAUUUUUAUCCCAAGCUAAGUAUGUUACAGACUUACUUCACAAAACAAAAAUCCACGAGGCUAAUGCCUUAUCUUCUCCCAUGAUAAGUGGCUCAAUAGUAUCAGCAUUUCAUGGUGAUCCGUUUCAUGAUGUUUUUUUGUAUCGCAGCACCGUUGGGGCCCUUCAAUAUGUGACGAUUACAAGACCUGAGCUUACCUACUCGGUCAAUAAAGUCUCACAAUUCAUGCAUGCUCCAACCUUGACUCAUUGGCAGGCGGUUAAGAGAAUCUUACAUUACUUGGCGGGCUCAUUUGAUCAUGGAUUACUUUUAUCUCCGCCUUCUGAUUUAUCGUUACAAGGCUUCGCAGACUCUGACUGGGCUUCUGACCCAGAUGAUAGGCAUUCCACAUCCGGCUUUUGUAUUCAAUUCGGUGGUAAUCUUGUGUCUUGGACAUCGAAGAAGCAAGUUGUUGUCUCACGUUCCAGCACCGAAGCAGAGUACCGUAGCCUUGCCCAUGCUGCUGCAGACCUCAUUUGGAUACAAAUCCUUUUAUCUGAAUUGCGGCUGUCGCUUCCUCAACCACCUAUCUUAUGGUGUGACAACCUCAGCGCAGUGCAUUUCAGUGUCAAUCUUGUGCUGCAUUCUCGAGCAAAACAUGUAGAGAUUGACAUUUAUUUUGUCAGAAAUCUUGUUUUACAAUAUAAGUUACGAGUCACUCAUAUUCCCACUGCUACCCAAAUAGUUGAUAUCUUAACAAAGUCGCUCUCUGCAGCACAUUGGAAUAUUUCAAGAAUUGACACGUUGAAGAAACAGUUGAGCAAAUCAUUUGCCAUGAAGGAUUUGGGGCCAGCAAAGAAGAUUCUUGGAAUCCAUAUAGCACGUGACAAAGCAUCCAAGAAACUAUAUAUGUCUUAG